AUCCAAAAGGUUCUUAUUUAAGAGCUCAUAAGGUGAAGCUAAGUGGUAAAAGGCAAGAGGGUGAGAUCAUCAUCAAGAAAAAGCCAUAAAAGAGUGUCCACCAGAGAGAGGAGUGUGUGAGGACCUAUUCUGUUUAUACUAAUCUUUUGAUUGCAGCAUACAAAGAUGAGUAGUGAAGGUAGUAAACAACCAGAUGUUGAUAUGAAGUUAUGGAUGAAAGCCAUUGCUGAUCAACUUACUAAGCUUGGUGCACGAAUGAAUGAUUUGGAAUCACCAAGCAGACUCAAACCUUUGAGGGGGCGGAUGUUUGAAGAAGAAGAAGAAGAGGAGUAUUCGGAUGGAAGAAGUAAUGGAAGGAGGCAAAGAGAUGAAUCAAGAAAAGACAGUCAUUUGGGAAGUAUUAAGAUGACAAUCCCUGCAUUCCAAGGUAAAAAUGAUCCUGAAUUAUAUUUAGAAUGGGAGAGAAAGGUUGAACAUGUGUUUGAAUGUCAUAAUUAUUCCGAGGAGAAGAGGGUUAAACUAGCCAUUGUUGAGUUCCAUGAUUAUGCUAGUAUUUGGUGGGAUCAAAUGGUGACUAGUAGACGUAGAAAUGGGGAGAGGCCUAUUGGCACAUGGGAUGAGAUGAAGGCUGUCAUGAGAAAAAGGUUUGUACCCAGCCACUACUAUAGAGAUUUGCACAGAAAAUUGCAAAGUCUAACUCAAGGCUCCAUGAGUGUGGAAGAUUACUAUAAGGAGAUGGAAAUAGCCAUGAUUAGAGCCAAUGUUGAAGAAGACCGAGAGGCAACUAUGGCUAGAUUCAUUGGAGGUUUAAAGAAGGAGAUAGCUGAUGUGGUAGAAUUGCAACAUUAUAUAGAGAUGGAGGAUUUGCUGCACAAAGCUAUUCUAGUGGAAAGGCAAUUGAAAGCUAAGAGUACUUCCAAAUUUACUACAAGUUCCUCAUGGAAAUCGAAUUGGCAAAAUAACAAAUCUGUGUCAAAGCCAAAAGAAGAUGCAAAGGCCAAAAAUUCGAUUGCUGCACCUAAAGGUAAAAUGGAAACUAAUUCAUCCUCUAGAUCUCGUGAUAUCAAAUGUUUCAGGUGUCAAGGAGUUGGACAUAUUGCUUCUCAAUGUCCAAAUAAAAGAGCCAUGAUACUGCUGGAUAAUGGAGACAUAGAGAGUGUGAGCUCAAGUGAUGAUGACAUGCCACCAUUGGAGGAUUGUUGUGAUGUUGAAGUUGCUGAACCUGUUGUUGGAGAUGUGCUUGUUACUAGGCGUGCUCUCAACAUGCAACCUAAGGCGGGUGGUAAUGAGGAGCAACGUGAGUAUAUAUUUCAUACAAGAUGCCAUAUAAACGACAAGGUAUGCAGCUUAAUCAUUGAUAGUGGGAGUUGCACUAAUGUUGCUAGCACCUUGUUGGUUGAAAAAUUGAGUUUGCCCACAUUAAAGCACCCUAAUCCAUAUAGACUUCAGUGGCUGAAUGAUUGUGGAGACAUAAGGGUGACUAAGCAAGUGAUGAUUUCAUUUUCCAUCGGUAAAUACAAGGAUGAAGUUCUUUGUGAUGUGGCACCUAUGCAUGCUGGACAUCUACUUCUUGGGCGUCCGUGGCAAUUUGAUAGAAGGGUUAUUCAUGAUGGGUACAAAAAUAGAUACACUCUUGUUAUGAACAAUCAUACUAUUGUUUUAACACCUCUCCAACCAACCGAGGCUUAUGCUGAUCAAAUCAGAAUUACAAGAGAGUGUAAGUUGAGAGAGGAGCAAUUGAGCAUUCAAGAAAAAGAGAGAAAAGAUAAGAAAAAAGAGAGUGAGCAGACGAAAGAAAAGAAUAAAUCAGAAUCCAAAGAAGAGAAAAAAAAGAGAGUGAGUGCAUUUGCAAGCAAAAGAGAGGUUGAGAGUGCCUUGUUAGCAAAAGAGCAGCUACUUGUGCUCAUACACAAGGAUGUUUAUUUCACUAACGAACUCAAUUCUUUUUUGCCUAGUAUGGUUGCUUCUUUGUUACAGGAAUUUGGUGAUAUUUUUCCAGAAGAAAUUCCCCAUGGAUUACCUCCUACAAGAGGUAUUGAGCAUCAGAUUGACUUAAUUCCAGGUUCUUCAAUCCCAAAUAGACCAGCCUACAGAACAAGUCCAGAGGAAGCAAAAGAAAUUCAAAGGCAAGUAGAUGAGUUGCUGCAAAAAGGAUUUGUGAGGGAGAGUCUUAGCCCGUGUUCUGCUCCUGUGAUCUUGGUUCCGAAGAAAGAUGGGACGUGGCGCAUGUGUACGGACUGCCGAGCCAUAAAUAAAAUCACUGUAAAGUAUCGAUAUCCUAUCCCUAGAUUGGAUGAUAUGCUUGAUGAAUUGCAUGGUUCGUGUGUGUUUUCUAAAAUAGAUUUGAAGAGUGGAUACUAUCAAAUUCGCAUGAAAGAAGGUGAUGAAUGGAAAACAGCUUUUAAAACAAAAUAUGGUUUAUAUGAGUGGAUGGUGAUGCCAUUUGGCUUAUCUAAUGCACCCAGCACCUUCAUGAGGUUAAUGAACCAUGUUUUGCGUUCUUUCAUUGGGAAAUUUGUUGUAGUGUAUUUUGAUGAUAUUUUGAUUUAUAGCAAAACCUUAGAUGAACAUGUUAAUCAUUUGCAUGUUGUUCUUAAUGUUUUGAGAGAAAACAAAUUAUAUGCUAAUCUUAAAAAGUGUUCAUUCUGCCAUGAAUCUAUUGUGUUUUUGGGUUUUGUUGUAAGCUCGAAAGGAAUAAGUGUGGAUGAGGAGAAGGUAAGGGCAAUUAGAGAAUGGCCUACACCUAAGAAUGCAAAUGAGGUAAGAAGUUUUCAUGGUUUAGCAAGUUUUUAUAGAAGGUUUGUAAAGAACUUUAGUUCUAUUGCUGCACCUUUGAAUGAACUUGUUAAAAAGAAUGUUGUGUUUAAGUGGAAUGAAGUGCAUGAGGAAGCUUUUAAUUCAUUAAAAGAAAAAUUGACCAAUGCACCUUUGCUUUGUUUGCCUAAUUUUGAUAAAGCUUUUGAAAUUGAAUGUGAUGCAUCUGGUGUUGGCAUAGGGGCCGUACUAAUGCAGGACUCUAAACCAAUUGCUUACUUUAGUGAAAAGCUUAAUGGGGCAGCAUUGAAUUAUUCCACGUAUGACAAAGAGUUGUACGCUUUGGUGAGAGCUUUGCAAACUUGGCAACACUACUUGUGGUCAAGGGAAUUCAUAAUUCAUUUUGACCAUCAAAGCUUGAAGUUUCUAAGAUCUCAAGGUAAGCUUCAAAAAAGACAUGCCAAGUGGUUGGAAUUCAUUGAGAUGUUUCCUUAUGUAAUCAAGUACAAGAAUGGUAAGAAAAACAAAGUGGCUGACGCAUUGUCCAGAAGGUAUGCAUUGCUUACUUCUUUGCAAACUAAAUUACUUGGUUUUGAGUUUAUAAAGGACUUAUAUGCUAAUGAUUCUGACUUUGGCCAAGUAUGGGAUUCUUGUUCUAAACAUGCUUUUGGGGACUAUUAUAGGCAUGAUGGUUUCUUGUUUAAGAAAAAUAAGUUGUGUGUGCCUGUUUGUUCCUUGCGUGAAAUGCUAGUUAGAGAAAGUCAUGGUGGUGGAUUGAUGGGACAUUUUGGGAUAAAAAGGACCUUAGAAAUAUUGCAUGAGCAUUUUUAUUGGUCUAACAUGAAGCAUGAUGUGCAAUCGGUCUGUGAUAAGCGCAUAGCAUGUAAACAAGCUAAAUCUAAAGUGAUGCCCCAUGGCUUCUAUACACCUUUGCCUGUGUCUAAUCAACCCUGGACUGAUAUUUCAAUGGAUUUCGUGUUAGGAUUACCUCGAUCUCAAGGUGGCAAAGAUAGUAUAUUUGUCAUUGUUGAUAGGUUUAGUAAAAUGGCACAUUUCAUUGCAUGCUCUAAAACCAAUGAUGCAACACAUAUUGCUGAUCUGUUCUUUAAAGAGAUAAUGCGCUUGCAUGGAUUGCCUAGAACAAUAAUUACCAGUUUAGAUGGGAAGAAGAAAGCUGAAAAGGUGAAGAAAAUCCAUGAAGAAGCAUGCCAACAUAUCCUUAAACGAAAUGAGCAAGCUGCUGCCCAUGCCAAUAAAGGAAGAAAGGAAGUCAUUUUCCAACCAGGAGACUUGGUUUGGUUACAUUUUCGCAAAGGAAGAUUCCCUAGCCAACGAAAAUCAAAGCUCAAUCCACAUGGGAAUGGUCCUUAUGAAGUACUGGAAAAGAUCAAUGACAAUACUUACAAGAUUGAUCUUAAAGAUCUUGAUUCGAGGACGAAUCCUUUUCAAGAAGGGGGAAUGAUAUGA